AUGGGGAAGACGCAUGCGGAUUAUGCCCUGGAUGGUUUUGAAAAACUCCAGGUACUAGACAUUGGAAGAAAUCAAUUAUCAAGUCUUUAUAACGGUUCAUUUUGUGGAUUGAAGUCGCUGAUUGAUUUGAAUCUAUCUGUCAACAAAAUUACCACUUUGAGAUUAUAUCAAAGCAACAUUCAUGAAAUCAAAACUGUACCAUGGAACGCAACAAAUCUUCAAACUCUUAACUUAGCCAAUAACAACCUUAUCUCCGUUAACAGAAAUACAUUCGUUGGUUUAAGAAAUCUAAAAUUCCUUGACCUUAGCAGGAAUCAUAAUCCUCUCGAUAUAUCCGUUGAUGCUUUUGAAGAAACCAGUUCUUUAGAAAAGAUCAUAAUGAAAGAUUUAGUCAAAUUCACCAUGACAGGUUCUUUCAGAAACAUGCAUCAACUAGUAUUCCUCGAUAUGUCCUAUCUUUCUAGUCGCUUAGAAAUUACUUCCCAUGACCAAUUUAGUCAUACGUCGGCGUUGAGGAUUCUAAACUUAUCCAGAACUAAAAUCAAAGCCGAAGAUCUAGUCCAACUUCAAAGCAAUAGACCAUUGUUUUCAGGAUUGGUCUCGUUGCGCACCCUAAAACUGCCACUUAACUUAUUUGAUGAUUUCCACCACGUUCCUAACGCAUUUACCACACUUUGGAAUCUUCAUGAGCUAGAUCUGACUGACUGUCAAAUUACACAAAUUGACUCGGGGAUAUUUAGGAAUCUCACGUCACUAACAGAUCUCUUGUUGGCCAAAAACUUGAUUAAAAUCAUUCCCGCAAAAGCUUUUCAGGAUCUACAGAAGUUACGUAACCUGAAUCUAGCAUCUAACUAUAUUACAGUUAUCGAAAAGCAAUUAUUUUCCAGAACAUCCAGUCUCCAGUAUCUAUAUCUCCAGAAUAAUCAAAUCUCCACGAUAGAUUCUUUCACACUAUUACCAACAAGUCUAAAGGUGUUAAUCAUUGCGAACAAUCCAUUCACAUGUACCUGCCAACUUGCGUGGUUCAGGGAAUGGCUGGACAAGGUGAAUACAACAAUCUAUCAGAGAAAUGAGACUCGUUGCUCUAGUACUUCCUUCAAAUCGCUAAAUAAUCAGACUAUAUGGUCGUUCCAUCCUGAAGAUUACUGCGGAGUCAAUAUCUAUCUUAUUGUAGGUGUAUCUUUGGCAAUUGUGACCGUUCUGUCGCUAAGUGUCCUCGUGUACCAAAAGCGAUGGUGGUUGAACCACAAACGAUUUCUCUUAAAGUUGGCCAUCGUUGGUUAUCAAGAAAUCAUUGAAAAUCAAGGUCCUGAGGACUACGAGUAUCAGCUUAACCUCAUGUUCCGUGAAGAUGAUGAGUGGUGGAUUAACGAUUGCAUGAAGCCAUUCCUGCAGGGGAGGAUGCCACACCUGGAGCAUAUCGUUUUUGGGGAUAGUGGUCUUCAUCCAGGGUCUUUCUAUUUAAACGCCAUCUAUGACGUCAUCGAGAACAGCUACAAGACGGUCUUGUUGCUUAGCAACCAGUCAGUGGAGGAUACCUGGUUCAUGACCAAACUCCGUAUGGCCGUGGAGCAUAUGAAUGACACCAAGUUGGAGAAGAUCAUCCUCAUAUUUCUAGAGGACAUCGAUGAUGACCACCUACCGUAUCUUGUACGGCUGUUGCUGAGUCGGAACAAACCUUACUUGCUGUGGGUGGAUGAUGAUGAAGAUGCACAAGAAUUCUUCUGGGCAAAGUUUGAGAAGAGCAUGAGGGCUAACAGGGAAAUGAAUAAUGUAAUUCCAGUUUAGUAACAUAUUAAAAAACGUAGCGUAUUACACUUUGUAAAAGAUAGCGUGUCGUGACGCGUGGUUAUA